GGGCCUCCGUGCGGCAGGAGCGCUCCGUUAGUACGCCUCCAAGAUGGCGGCGCUGUUGGCGGUAAAUUCGGCUGCUAGUCUGUGGGGUCCUUACAAAGAUAUUUGGCAAACAGUGGGAAAUGCUCUGUGGAGAAGACAACCUGAAGCUGUCCACCUUCUUGACAUGAUUUUGAAGAAACACAAACCUGACUUCAUCUCAUUGUUCAAAAACCCACCAAAAAAUGUUCAACAACACGAGAAGGUUGAGAAAGCCAGUACAGAGGGAGUCGCCAUCCAGGGUCAACAGGGGACCCGACUGCUUCCUGAACAGCUCAUUAAAGAGGCCUUUAUCCUCAGUGACCUUUUUGAUAUUGGAGAAUUGGCAGCUGUUGAGCUUCUGCUGGCUGGAGAGCACCAACAGCCACAUUUUCCUGGCCUCACCAGAGGAUUAGUAGCUGUUCUUUUAUACUGGGAUGGAAAGAGGUGCAUCGCAAAUUCCCUGAAAAUCUUGAUACAGUCAAGACGAGGAAAGACAUGGACCCUUGAACUCAGUCCAGAGCUGGUUUCCAUUACAACACGCUUUACAGAUGAGCUGAUGGAGCAAGGAUUGACCUAUAAAGUCCUUACUCUGGUGUCCCAGAUUGAUGUGAACAAUGAGUUUGAGAAACUACAGCGUGAGAGAGGAUUGGGCAGUGAAAAACAUCGCAAAGAGGUUUCUGAUCUCAUCAAGGAGUGCAGGCAGUCUCUGGCAGAAAGUCUUUUUGCCUGGGCAUGCCAGUCACCUUUAGGCAAAGAUGACACUCUACUCCUAAUUGGAUAUUUGGAAAGAGUGACAGUUGAGGCAAAUGGUUCAUUGGAUGCAGUGAACCUGGCUCUUCUUAUGGCACUUCUGUACUGCUUUGAUAUCAGUUUUAUAGAACAAGGCACAGAGGAACGAGAUGAUAAGAUUCAUCAACUCCCACUCUUGACAGAGAGACAAUACAUUGCAACAAUUCACUCUCGCCUUCAAGACUCACAGCCUUGGAAACUGCCUGGACUGCAAGCCACUGUUAGGCUUGCCUGGGCACUGGCUUUGAGGGGAAUAUCUCAGCUACCAGAUGUGACAGCUCUGGCUGAAUUCACAGAAGCAGAUGAAGCAAUGGCAGAGCUUGCAAUCGCUGACAGUGUUUUCCUGUUCCUUACUGAGUCUGUAGUGGUGUCGGAAAACUUCUAUCAGGAAGAGUUUUACAUUCGUAGAACCCAUAAUCUCAUCACAGAUUUCCUUGCACUUAUGCCAAUGAAAGUGAAGCAGUUGAGGAAUCGGGCAGAUGAAGAUGCUCGAAUGAUUCACAUGAGUGUGCAGAUGGGUAAUGAACCUCCCAUUUCACUUAGGAGGGAUCUGGAACACUUAAUGCUCUUGAUCGGUGAGCUGUAUAAAAAGAACACUUUUAAUUUGGAGCUGGCUCUAGAAUAUUGGUGUCCCUCAGAGCCUCUUCAGACUUCCACUCUCAUGGGUUCUUACCUUGGGGUGGCUCAUCAGCGCCCCCCUCAACGCCAGGUUGUCUUGUCAAAGUUCGUUAGGCAAAUGGGUGACCUAUUGCCUCCAACCAUUUAUAUUCCUUAUUUAAAAAUGCUCCAGGGAUUGGCCAGUGGGCCCCAGUGUGCCCACUACUGUUUUAGUCUACUCAAAGUCAAUGGCAGUAGUCAUGUUGAAAAUAUUCAGGGAGCUGGUGGCAGUCCUGUUUCCUGGGAACAUUUCUUUCACUCUUUAAUGCUUUACCAUGAACACCUCCGGAAGGAUCUUCCAAGUGCAGAUAGUGUUCAGUACCGUCACCUUCCUUCACGGGGCAUCACCCAGAAGGAGCAAGAUGGAUUGAUUGCUUUUUUACAACUCACAUCUACCAUCAUUACUUGGAGUGAAAAUGCUCGUCUGGCACUCUGUGAACAUCCUCAGUGGACCCCUGUUGUGGUGAUUCUGGGACUCCUGCAAUGCAGCAUUCCUCCUGUUCUGAAAGCUGAACUACUGAAGACACUUGCAGCUUUUGGAAAAUCUCCUGAAAUUGCUGCUUCCCUCUGGCAGUCAUUGGAAUAUACUCAGAUACUGCAGACUGUAAGGGUUCCAAGCCAGAGGCAAGCUAUUGGUAUUGAGGUUGAACUAAAUGAAAUAGAAUCCCGGUGUGAAGAAUACCCGUUGACUCGGGCCUUUUGCCAGCUUAUUAGUACCUUAGUGGAAAGCUCAUUUCCUUCUAAUCUGGGUGCUGGAUUGCGGCCCCCUGGCUUUGACCCUUAUUUGCAGUUCCUUAGAGAUUCUGUGUUUCUCCGAUUCCGCACAAGAGCUUACCGGAGAGCAGCUGAAAAGGUAAUGCUCCUCAAAGUAAGGAAGACUUUUUUCUCCUUGUUCAUUUAUUUGUUUGCUCUUUUAUUGAAGGUUUAAGAUACUGUAAAUUCAUUUAUAUUCUAUUUAGGAGAAGAAAUUAUAGCCUAUAAGCCACCAGGAUUUAGUCUGAUGUAUCAUCUUCUGAAUGAGUCCCCAAUGUUGGAGCUUGCUCUUAGUUUACUGGAAGAAGGUGUUAAGCAGCUUGAUACCUAUGCCCCUUUUCCUGGGAAGAAACACUUGGAGAAAGCAGUACAGCAUUGUCUCGCACUUCUCAAUCUUACUCUGCAAAAGGAAAAUCUCUUUAUGGAUCUUCUAAGAGAGAGUCAACUGGCUCUAAUAGUCUCUCCUUUAGAACAGCUAUUGCAGGGAAUCAAUCCCAGAACGAAGAAGGCUGAUAAUGUGGUGAAUAUUGCCAGAUACUUAUAUCAUGGCAAUACUAAUGCAGAACUGGCUUUCGAAAGUGCCAAGAUCCUCUGCUGUAUCUCUUGCAACUCCAAUAUUCAGAUAAAAUUGGUUGGUGAUUUCACGCAUGACCAGAGUGUAAGUCAGAAGCUGAUGGCUGGAUUUGUGGAGUGUUUGGAUAGUGAAGAUGCAGAAGAAUUUGUACGUCUAGAAGAGGGAUCAGAACUUGAAAAGAAAUUAGCUAAAAUCCAUCAGGAAACAAGAAUCCACAUCUUGAAUCUUCUCAUCACUUCUCUGGAACGCAAUCCACCCAAUCUUGCUCUCUAUUUACUGGGCUUUGAAUUGAAGAAACCUGUCAGUACCACAAACCUACAAGAUCCAGGAGUGUUAGGUUGCCCUCGGACGUGUCUUCAUGCCAUUUUAAACAUCUUGGAAAAAGGAACUGAAGGGAGAACAGGCCCGGUGGCAGUGAGCGAAUCUCCUCAACUGGCUGAGCUGUGUUACCAGGUGAUACAUCAGUUAUGUGCAUGCUCUGAUACAUCUGGUCCUACUAUGAGGUACUUGAGAACCAGCCAGGAUUUCUUAUUUUCUCAGUUGCAACAUUUACCUUUUUCUAACAAAGAAUAUGAAAUAUCGGUGCUGAACCAAAUGUCAUGGCUGAUGAAAACUGCUUCAAUAGAACUAAGGGUAACUUCUCUGAAUCGUCAACGGUCACAUACUCAGAGGCUCCUACACCUCUUAUUGGAUGACAUGCCAGUGAAACCAUACUCAGAUGGUGAAGGAGGAAUAGAAGAUGAAAAUAGGUCUGUCUCCGGGUUCCUUCACUUUGACACUGCUACGAAAGUACGCCGAAAAAUUCUAAGUAUUCUGGACUCGAUUGACUUUAGUCAGGAGAUCCCUGAGCCUUUGCAGUUGGAUUUCUUUGAUCGGGCCCAGAUUGAGCAAGUGAUUGCUAACUGUGAACACAAGAAUUUACGGGGACAGACAGUCUGCAAUGUGAAGCUUCUUCAUAGGGUUCUUGUAGCCGAAGUAAAUGCCCUUCAGGGCAUGGCAGCUAUAGGACAGAGACCUCUACUAAUGGAGGAAAUCAGUACCAUACUACAGUAUGUGGUAGGGAGAAACAAAUUGCUGCAGUGUCUUCAUGCAAAAUGGCAUGUGCUGGAGUCGUGGAGGCAGCUGGUAGAAAUUAUACUGACAGCUUGUCCUCAGGACCUCAUUCAGGCAGAGGAUCGACAACUGAUUAUUCGUGAUAUUUUACAGGAUGUGCAUGAUAAGAUACUGGACGAUGAAGCAGCACAGGAGCUAAUGCCCGUGGUAGCAGGUGCUGUGUUCACCCUGACUGCUCACUUGAGCCAAGCUGUUCGCACUGAGCAGAAGCAGCCCUUAGCCUUGGGACCUGGGGAGGCCCAUUACACCUUCCUGCUUGAUGGUUCUCUCACCUCGCCUCCUCCAGCAGAGAACCCAGUGGUGGGUUUUGCUUCUAUUGGAGAUUCUUCACUUCACAUCAUAUUGAAGAAGCUGUUGGACUUCAUUUUGAAGACAGGUGGUGGAUUCCAACGAGUGAGGACACACCUGUAUGGCUCUCUGCUUUAUUACUUACAGAUUGCCCAGAGACCAGAUGAACCAGAUACCUUGCAAGCAGCCAAGAAAACCAUGUGGGAAAGACUGACAGCCCCUGAAGAUGUAUUUAGUAAAUUACAGCGAGAAAACAUAGCUAUCAUUGAGAGCUACGGCGCUGCCCUCAUGGAAGUGGUCUGUCGAGACGCUUGUGAUGGUCAUGAGAUUGGAAGGAUGCUGGCACUGGCGCUACUUGAUCGGAUUGUCUCUGUAGAUAAGCAGCAGCAAUGGCUUUUGUAUAUUUCUAACAGCGGCUAUUUGAAGGUGCUUGUGGACAGCUUGGUAGAAGAUGACCAUACUUUGCAGAGUUUACUCAUUCCACAACCUCCCCUUUUAAAAGCCUUUUAUACUUACGAAUCCAAAAUGGCAUUUCUCACAAGAGUGGCUAAGAUACAGCAGGGCGCUUUAGAGCUGCUAAGGUCGGGGGUGAUUGUGAGACUGGCACAGUGCCAAGUCUAUGACAUGCGCCCAGAAAUGGACCCACAGGGCAUGUUUAUUAGCAUGAGAGAGCCCCCCAUGUUCAUCCCUACGCCAGUGGACCGGUAUCGUCAAAUUCUCCUUCCGGCUCUCCGCUUAUGCCAGGUCAUCCUUACAUCUAGUAUGGCCCAGCACUUGCAAGCAGCAGGGCAGGUGUUGCAGUUUCUCAUUGCGCAUUCUGAUACUAUACAAGCUAUCCUGCGCUGUCAGGAUGUUAGCGCCGGGUCUUUGCAGGAAUUGGCUCUGCUGACAGGAAUCAUAAGUAAAGCAGCACUUCCUGGUAUAUUAAGUGAACUUGAUGUUGAUGUAAAUGAAGGAUCUCUAAUGGAGCUACAGGGACAUAUUGGAAGAUUCCAGCGCCAGUGCUUAGGACUACUAAGUCGCUUUGGUGGCUCUGACAGACUGCGUCUGUUUAAAUUUCAAGAUGAUAAUGUGGAGGGAGAUAGAGUGGGCAAGAAAGAUGAGAUAGAACUGGCUAUGCAACAGAUUUGUGCCAAUGUCAUGGAAUAUUGCCAGGCACUCAUGUUACAGAGUUCCCCUACCUUUCAACAUGCCGUGUGCCUCUUCACCCCCAGCCUGUCAGAAACCGUUAAUAGAGAUGGACCCCGGCAAGAUACCCAAGCUCCAGUUGUUCCAUAUUGGCGCCUGCCUGGUUUGGGCAUUAUUGUUUACCUGCUGAAACAGAGUGCUAAUGAUUUCUUCAGCUAUUAUGACAGUCAUCGACAGAGUGUCAACAAGCUACAGAAUGUAGAGCAGCUUCCACCGGAUGAGAUAAAAGAGUUGUGUCAGUCUGUGAUGCCUGCUGGUGUUGAUAAGAUCUCCACUGCACAGAAAUACAUUCUAGCAAGACGGCGUUUGGUGAAGUUGAUCAAUAAUAGAGCAAAACUUCUUUCCCUUUGUUCUUUUAUCAUAGAGACCUGCCUGUUUAUUCUUUGGCGCCAUCUGGAGUACUACCUGUUACAUUGCACGCCCACAGAUUCUCAAGAUUCCUUAUUUGCCUCCAGGACCUUAUUUAAAAGCAGAAGACUACAGGAAACCAACCCGGAUUUUAGAAGUGGCCUGACUGUAGUGAGCCAGCAUGACCUAGACCAGCUUCAGGCUGAUGCCAUCAACACUUUUGGAGAAUCACUACAAAAGAAACUUCUGGACAUUGAAGGACUAUAUUCAAAAGUUCGAUCUCGCUACAGUUUCAUACAAGCUCUUGUCAGACGUAUCCGAGGCCUAAUGAGGAUAUCACGGAGCUGAAAGCCCAUGCUUAUAUUCUUCCAGGGAAGAGAUGAACUGGGGAAAAUGUCUUCUUUUUAUAGAUGAAUUGUUUCUAAAUUAUGACCAAAAAAUAUUUUGCUAUUUCUUUCUUUAUAUAUGGACAUCUUUUCUGUAAACUUCUUUGCCUGGAUUCUAUCCCUAUUAGUAAAAAAUAAAUACUUUUUAAAAAAACAAACAAA